AGAGUGACAAAAAGAGAAGACUUUUUAUUUAAUUUCUUUGCCAAAUAUUUUUUCUGGGUUCACCUUCUUUUUAGCAAUAGCAAAAGAAAUAGUAAACACAGGGAAGAACCUGAGCUGGACGCAUCGUUAUAAGAAAAAUACAUUGAAUCUGGACAGGAUUUGGGGCUGUGUUGUUGUUGUAGGAUACACAGAUAAGGGUUUUCCUUGUUUUAUUAAUAAACACUAUCAAGUUUGGCGCACGUAAUAUUGGAAAUGGGCGAGGACUUUGGUUAAUCUUAUAUGGUUUUCGUUACAAAGUGCAUGAACGAGGAGGUAAAUUAGUUGUCUACGUCUUCAGUGCUUCAUUCAACUGAAGAGGACCUUGAAAAAACAGCUAUGGAUAUUCGAAGCCUGUCAUCCUCUCACCGUCAUCCUCAAGAUGCACCUUAUGUUCACAAGGUUGGACUUCCUCCUAAGCAAAACCUCUUCAGUGAGUUCAAAGCCACUGUGAAAGAGACAUUCUUUGCAGAUGAUCCUCUACGUCCCUUUAAGGACCAACCGAGUUCUAAAAAGUUCAUCCUGUGCGUCCAAGCUAUAUUCCCUAUUUUUGAAUGGGGAAGAAGUUACAAUUUUGCAAAAUUUAGAGGUGACCUCAUUGCUGGGCUGACCAUUGCUAGUCUUUGCAUUCCCCAGGAUAUCGCGUAUGCAAAGCUUGCAAAUUUGGAUCCUCAGUAUGGAUUGUACACCAGCUUUGUUCCACCUUUGAUAUAUGCCUUCAUGGGUAGUUCAAGAGACAUAGCAAUAGGACCAGUGGCUGUGGUGUCUCUCCUGCUGGGGACUCUGCUUCAGAAUGAAAUUGAUCCUGUAGGCAACGCAACAGAAUAUCGGAGGCUGGCAUUCACAGCUACAUUUUUUGCUGGAAUCACUCAAGUAACCCUUGGGUUUUUCAGGUUGGGGUUUUUAAUUGACUUUCUAUCACAUGCUGCUGUUGUUGGUUUCAUGGGUGGAGCUGCCAUCACAAUUUCCCUCCAACAGCUUAAGGGUUUUCUUGGGAUAAAAAAAUUUACAAAGAAAACUGAUAUUGUUUCUGUAAUGCACUCAGUAUUUGCCUCAGCUCAUCAUGGAUGGAACUGGCAAACUAUUGUUAUUGGAGUGAGCUUUUUAUCUUUCCUUCUUGUUGCCAAGUACAUUGGAAAGAAGAACAAGAAAUUCUUCUGGGUGCCAGCAAUUGGUCCGUUGAUAUCUGUUGUUCUGUCAACAUUUUUUGUGUAUAUAACCCGUGCGGAUAAGCAAGGAGUUCAAAUUGUGAAACACAUACACAAAGGAAUAAAUCCCCCCUCUGUGAAUCAAAUAUAUUUUAGUGGUGACUAUUUGCUAAAAGGUGCUAGGAUUGGUAUUGUGGCUGGGAUGAUUGCUUUGACGGAAGCCAUAGCUAUUGGAAGAACAUUCGCCGCGAUGAAAGACUAUCAGCUGGAUGGAAACAAAGAAAUGGUGGCACUAGGAACUAUGAACGUUGUUGGUUCAAUGACUUCUUGCUAUGUGGCAACAGGUUCAUUUUCUCGAUCAGCUGUGAACUACAUGGCUGGCUGCCAAACUGCAGUCUCAAACAUUGUUAUGGCGACUGUUGUAUUUUUCACGUUAAAAUUUUUGACACCUCUUUUCAAGUAUACCCCAAAUGCUAUACUCGCAGCCAUAAUUAUAUCAGCUGUGAUCAGCCUGAUUGAUUUUGAUGCAGCAUAUUUGAUAUGGAAGAUUGACAAAUUUGAUUUUGUUGCUUGCAUGGGAGCAUUCUUUGGUGUAGUUUUUGUUUCUGUUGAGAUUGGCCUCUUGAUUGCAGUUUCGAUAUCCUUUGCCAAGAUUCUCUUGCAAGUUACCAGGCCCCGGACCGCAAUUCUUGGAAAUCUACCGAGGACAACUGUAUACAGAAACAUUCUACAAUAUCCUGAAGCAGCUAAGGUCCCUGGUGUUUUGAUAGUGAGAGUCGAUUCUGCGAUCUACUUUUCUAACUCUAAUUACAUCAAAGAAAGGAUAUUGAGAUGGUUGAGGGAUGAGGAUGAGCUAGUAAACAAAUCCGGCCAGACCAAAAUCCAGUUUUUAAUUGUGGAGAUGUCACCCGUUACUGACAUUGACACCAGUGGCAUCCAUGCGAUGGAAGAGUUAUUCAGAAGUCUCCAGAAAAGAGAGAUUCAGCUUAUCCUAGCAAAUCCUGGACCGGCGGUGAUUGAUAAGCUCCAUGCCUCUGGUUCUGCACAAUUGAUUGGAGAGGACAAAAUCUUCCUCACGGUUGCUGAUGCUGUGGCAUCAUGUUGUCCAAAAUCGGUGGGAGAAGUUUGAGAGAGGAUUUAAAUUGUGGUUUUUGUGUUUGAGAGAUGAGAUCUCAGUGCUGCUGUGCUGUGUGGGUGGGCAUUAGAAUGGGGGGAGCAAUAAUGUUGAGUGGUGGUGGGUCAUUGUAGAGUUGGUUUGUUCAGUGGAUUGUCAGUGCUACCCUCCCUCCCUAUUACCAUAACACAGGAAAGGUGCAUUGUAUGCUCUGCAUUAAGGGAUAAGUUCAAGAAGGAAAAGUAAAAAGGAGUGGAAAAAACAAGAAUAAAAGGGGGUGAGGGGCGAUACGGAUCUGGUCUUUUCUUAUUUUUCUUUUUCAUUUGUUUUUUUUUUUUUUUUUGGUUGUGAAAUGGGAAUACAUGUAUGCCCCUAAAAUCCAAGUAUAAUUUGUUAUUCAAGGGAGUUUGAAUGUCGCGAUUCUUUUACCA